CUUCGGUUUGCCCUCCACCUCCUCAUCGUUCUAGCUGGGCUGGUUUAUACCCCUUGUAUCUUCUGAAACUUCUUGUGAGAUAUCUGAUCUCUUCUUCUCGUGACAUCUCAAACUAGCUGCUCAACAUGGCUCAAGAUCCCCGUGUUCUUCUCCAAAAGGCGGACCAAGCUUUGAGUCGCGCAUCCGGUGGCUUUAGUUUCUUCGGUGGUCGUACAGAAAAGUAUGAAAACGCUGCCGACUUGUACUCACAGGCUGCGAAUGCCUUCCGCGUUCAGAAGCAAAACAAAGAAGCCGGUCUUGCCUUCGAAAAGGCCGCAUCUAUUCAGUCGCAGAACCUUAACGAACCCGAUGACGCGGCCAACACCCUGACCGAGGCUUUCAAGGUCUACCGCAAGUCUGACCCCGAGGACGCCGCCCGUGUACUCUCCAGCGCCAUCCAACAUUACGUGCUCAAGGGCAAUCUUCGUCGCGCGGCGUCGCAACAGCAACAUCUGGCCGAAGUGUACGAGGUGGAACUGGGCGACAACAAGAAGGCUCUGGAAGCCUACGAGAAGGCGGCGGAAUGGUUUGAGGGUGACAAUGCUGAGGCCCUUGCGAACAAGCACUAUCUCAAGGCUGCGGAUCUGGCCGCCCUCGAGGGUGACUACUACAAGGCCAUCGAGCACUACGAGCGCAUUGGCCGCUCUUCCAUCAACAACAACCUCAUGAAGUGGUCUGUCAAGGACUACUUCCUCAAGGCUGGUAUCUGCCACCUUGCGUCGAAUGACCUUGUCGCCACCAACCGCGCUCUCGAAAACUACCGCGACAUCGACACCACCUUCGCCUCUACCCGUGAACACCAGCUUCUCGUCGACCUGGUUCAGGCCUGUGAGGCAGGCGACCAGGAAGCGUUCGCCGACAAGCUAUUUCAGUACGACCAGCUCAGCAAGCUGGAUAAGUGGAAGACGACGCUUCUGCUGCGGAUCAAGAACAACAUCGAGUCACAAGAGGAGGACUUUUCUUAGAAGUGCGCGCAUCUCGGGUUCUGCGUUUGCGUUCUGUUUUCAGCUAGUGUUUUGGUUUUGAAAUACUUGAUAAACCGAGGAAGAGUCACCUCUCCUGCUUUCGAGUUUAUAAUUGCAUUCAGUGCUUAGUCAGGCUGGUUCCACGCUUAGAUCAUGCUGCGUUGUGUUCUUCAUAAUUCAUCACUGACUUUUUCCCUCUC